UCAGUGCUCUGGGGAGGAGGAGCAAUACUUAUUUUUUGUGAUUCAAACUGACACAUUUUACAGGGUGCCCUGUGUCUUUAAGAGCCAGUCUUUUCCACAGUGAUGUCGAGCAGAGCAGAGCAGCUUGGAUCCAGACUGCAGCACAUCCUCUGCCGCUGCUGCUGCUAACCCACCUGACAGCACGGAGAAGCAGGCAAGCAGCGCCGGGCCAGCCUCCCGGUUCACAUCACAACAAACGGCGGCGUCCUGGAGGGGAAUGGGGGGGCACCUAGCCCGCCUGCUAACUGAGUAGAUUUGCUUGAAGUGGUAGACGGCCAACGGUCCAUCAAGAUGGUAUCGUGGAUCAUUUCGAGGAUAGUAGUCCUUGCCUUUGGGACUCUCUAUCCAGCAUACUCUUCAUACAAGGCUGUCAAAACGAAGAAUGUGAAGGAAUAUGUGAAGUGGAUGAUGUACUGGAUAGUAUUCGCGUUGUUCACCACAGCAGAGACGGCAACAGACCUGCUGCUGUCGUGGUUUCCAUUUUACUUUGAGCUGAAGAUUGCCUUUGUAAUCUGGCUCCUGUCCCCAUACACUAAGGGAUCCAGCGUCCUCUACCGCAAGUUUGUCCAUCCUACCCUGUCCAACAAAGAGAAGGAGAUAGAUGAGUACAUUGCACAGGCCAAAGACAGGAGCUAUGACACCAUGAUGAGGUUUGGAAAGAGGGGUCUCAACCUUGCUGCUAACGCUGCUGUCACUGCAGCCACCAAGGGGCAAGGUGUGCUGUCAGACAAGCUGCGGAGUUUCAGCAUGCAGGACCUGACUCUCAUUAAUGCUGACGAUGACCUGGCUCUGCACACGUCAGACUCCCGCAUGAGACGGGACCCCAUGGAUGAGAUGAGCUCAGGGGCCAGCACGCUGCCCCGGGCCAAGAGCAGCACUACACGGCAGACUCGUUCAUUGGCCCAUGCUGAUGAUGCAGCAUCCCAACACAGCUCUGACCAAUCAGACACAAGGACAGAACACUCUGAUGAAGACUUGGGAGAAAAAGCCCCUAAACGCAGCACCAGUGUCAAGGCAACCAAGAAACCUGCUGCUGCUAAGACAGAGACUCAGACCAAGACAGCAAAGAAGACGACGACGACAAAGAAAAAGACCACGACCAAUAACGCAGAAACGCCACCAUGAGGCCUAUUGUCCACCUGCCUACACUGGCUCCAUCCACAGCCUGCGGACCUCUCUCCCCCCUGUUUGCUCUCCACACAAACACAUAGACACUGUUUAUAAUACGCACUAAGAUUGUGUCACUCUUUCAGGCUUAAAUCCUGGCAAAGUGCAGGUUUGGUUUUUAGCAGUAUGUGUCCACCAUGAGGUUAAGAACAGGUCUUUGAGAUAGCUUUUACUUUAUUCAUUCACUCUUUACAUACAAACAGUCAGGAUAUGUCUUUUUAUUUAUCUGAAAGGUAGUGAGUGACAUAUUCAGGAAUUCUCUCUUUUAUUUGAACACCUCUUAACAUAUGUAAGUCCUUGUCGUACACACCAAGAGUAUAUAUUGUGUUCCCAAGUUUUAAAAUGUUUCAUUUGAGUUCCCUGUUUUCUCUGGCAUACUCUUAUUAAGUUCCAGUUGAAAGCUAGAUGUUCCACUCUCCCUGUGUGAACAGGCAACAAGUCUGGGUCCUUAUCUGGACCUGAUGAUGAUGCUAGCAAAGGUCAGAUGUUAUCGUCUCCAUCUCCAACAGUCAUUUUUUUCCCGCUGUAGAGUAAGAUGGGAAGUGAGAUCACCCUUCAGAUGUAUAAGUCCCCACUUUAGUAUUUCUCUAUCACCAUGUCCAAGCUCAUGUUACUGUGUCAUUUUAAAGGAUUAUAUGUAAAUGAGCCUGUUGUGCAUUUCCUUUUUUUUUUACCUUUGCCCUUUCAACUGCAUCUUAGGACUCAGAAAUUGAGGAAUAGUGUAUGGUUCAGCUGUCCCUCCUUUAAUUUUACAUUAAUUGAAGUGAGUCUGGCUCUGUCACGCUCAGUUCUCACAUACAGUACAGCAAGUCAUUUACAGCGCUGGAGUUGCAUUGUUUAGUGUUUGCUUUUUUUUGUUGGCUUCAUCUAAACAUAACUCCUUUAAAACACAUCAAUCAGUUGUCUUUUUUUAAGCAGUGAUAUAUCAGUCAUGUGAUACCGAUCCUCUUAAGAUAACACUGUAACUGAGUGAUGGUAGUGCUCCCUCCCAAUACAGACAGUAGUCUAGAAGUUGCUGUUGUUUGUUAGGCACAUAUCUGCUUUCACCUCAGUGGUGAUGUCUGUCUAUUUUUGUGUUCAACAUUAGAAAGUGAUGCAGCAGCUCUGCACCUUCUCACUUCUUAAAUGCAGCGGUGUGGAAACGUCUUAAAGUAUUUCUUCAUCUUAGAUCCCAGGAUAAAGCUAAGCAAUAUGGAAGUAAUUAACCCAAGAGCACUAUCAGGUAUUGUUUCCGAUGGGGAGGGGGUGUCAGGCCAGGGUGUGGGUGUUCCUGAACACUCUUUUCUUUGGGCCUGGUUCCCUCUGAGUGCUCUGUAGUGACAGACAUGAAAGCACGACUACUUCUGCAGUCAUUACUGCUGUCUGCAGUGUGACACAAGUCUGAAGCAGUAGGGGGAGACAAACCUCUUCUUAACUGUUGCUACUAAACAACAUGUAAAAACACUGUAAAUAGUAACCUUGACUGUACAUACCGUAUGAGCUUGCUUGCCUUAUACAUUCUCUGGGCUGAAAUCUGUUUAAUGUUUAUUAAUUUAUGUGCUUUUUGAAAUAAAAAACAGUUUUGACAAAUCUUUUGUUCAGCAAGUGGAAGAUGCUCGACUUCAGCUUCGGUGUGAACUUCUGAUGAGAUUUAGUUGUUUUUUACAUGCUGACUUUUUGUUUGGUCUUUUGAUUGGAAGACAUUUUAACUCCCCUCCAUCACAAAGUUGGGAAUCUCCGUACAGAGUCUGAUCUGGUUUAAGUACAUUAAUCUCCCUUUAUGUACUCUUCUCAGAUUAAAGACAAAGUUGAAGUGUUUUAGGGCGGAAAGCUGUUUUUGUCUUUCGGUUUGAUUUAAUGUUUGCACUAGGUAAAAAGAAGACGGCACAUAUUUAAAAACACUUUGCCCUUUAAGAUGCAACUCUGCAUUUUUAUCUUCUGCUCACGUCAUUCUUGAAUAUUUAUUGUUUAUAUUCCGUUUUCUUCAUUUCUAUAUUGUACACAGGAGUGUUAAUUUGUAUAUUGUUUGUGCCAAUUCUCAAUGCUCCAUGUGAAAAACAAAUACAGUAUGUGUGCUGGGACAAUGGUAUCUAACAAGGUCAUGUAUCAGUAAUAAAACUACUAAUAAAGGAAUUUAAACCAG